AUCGUUUCCUUCAUUUUUUUACUCUUUUCUAUGUUUUAGCCGACACUCUCUUUCUCCAUUACUGCUCUCUCCGAAGCUUCCAAUCCCUCGCUCCUCCUUUAAUGGGGAUGCCUCCAGCCACCGAGGCUCCCAACAACUCUUCCUCCUCCUCUUCUUCUCCUCCGUCCGCCGCGUCUCCGUGCUGCUCUCUCAUGUUCUGCAACUCGCCUGAUAACCUUUAAAACACUCUUCCGACCGCCAGAACAAGAAAAAGAUACUGCAAUGGUGUACAAGAACAGAGCUUUUUCUCGAUUUCCAUCGCGUUUGUUACUGAGUGAAUUGGUUUUGCUCGCUUCGAUCUUUGCUCUGCCUCUAGUUCAAUGCAUCACUGAUUUUUCUGAUGUUCAAGCCCUUCAAGUUAUGUAUACUUCAUUGAACAGCUCUUCACAGCUAACUAAUUGGAAAAGUAUUGGAGGCGAUCCGUGUGGAGAAUCAUGGAAAGGGGUUACAUGCCAGGGUUCAGCUGUUGUUUCCAUUGAUCUUUCUGGAUUAUGACUUACUGGGGACCAUGGGGUAGUUCCUCUCAGGUCUUGUGUCAUUAGAAACACUAAUCCUUUAAUGUCUUCACCUCUUCCUCCUGAAUCAGUUGCUCUCAACUAUGGUUGUGAUGCAAAUCAUGAUAUCCCUCUUACUACAAUUACUAGACCCGCUAAGGAAUUGCAGAGGAAAGAUAGGAAGAUUGGCCAUGAAAGUUGAAUUUAACCAGCAGUAGGAGGUAUAUCAAGAUGAUUGAACUGACACAUAGACUUUUACAAUUUUCACCCAUAAGUUUCUUUUGGGACAUACAGCACAGGAAGUGAAGCAAAAAAGAGGCUUUAGCAAGAGAUUGGCCACCAUUUGCCCCUAUCGCUCAUAAUGAUAUACUUAUUUAUCUAGAAAAGCUGACGUACAUUGCCUUUUCAUCACUCUUAGGUUUGGUUCUGUGCUUUUUUGGGAAUGUCAUAGCUGCUACUACAACAUACAUCAAAGGGAAACGAUGGAAGCCAGGUGAUGCCUAUCCAAUCCAAGAAGCAUCAUACUGGAGAAUUGGAUCUAGUCUUGCCAUCAUGGAGAUAGUUCGCAACAUCUUACAAGAACUAAAGAUCAACCACCAUAAUUUUGAACGUUACACAAUUGUCAGACGAUCAGGAAGAUGCUCAUUUCUGUUCAUGGUGAACAGAAGGGCAGACUUUUGACAGAGAACAGAGAUCUUAUCUUGAAAAUUUUGGUCAUUGUGUUCAUUGGUGUUUACUUACUGGGACUAGCUGAUACAUGGAAUGAUAUUUUGUAUGCAUAUUUGUUGAACGGUUGUGAAAAUCUUUGUGAUCUGAACCUCCUUUUUGGAAAUUAAGAAG